AUGUCUAUCUGUGUCGCAUGCCAGAAGCCGCUGGAGGUUGAGCUCGAGCCCGAAGAAUACGAGGAAGAUGUCCAAAUGGGCGGCUCAUCGUCCGGCAAAGCGCCCGCCGCAGCCCCAGAAACAGUCCCAGACGACGUGCAACUAAACUGCGGCUGCCACUUCCACUGGGACUGCCUCCUCGAAGCCUACCAAAUCACCGAAUGCCCUUCCUGCGGCAAAAACAUCGCAUCCACAUCGCCGACCGGCACCCAACAAGUCCUCUGCACCCUCAACAACGAAGGCGGCCUCCAAGAAAACCUCGACAUCCUGCCCCUCCUCACCGAAGAGAGCUACCUCAAAGCGUACCCCAACGAGCGCAAGUGCCGCGCCUUCCUCGAGUUCUGCCGCGAGGGCGAUAUGCAGGCUAUAGUUGGGAUGCUACAAGGCGACAACGAAGAUUCAGACGAAGAUGAAGAUGAAGACGAAGAAAUGGCCGACGAUGACGCCGAGGGCAGCGCAGACGUUGGCAUCGACGCGCUCCUCCGCUACCAGGAUCCCAUCGGCGAGAUGCAGUCCGGGCUCCACGCCGCAGUGCAAGCGCAGAGUAGGGAAGUCGCGUGGCUGCUCCUGCUGCUGGCGAGUAAUCUCCCCGCUGCUGGAGUUUCCGCCUGA